AUGGCCGAAAACCAAAGAGCUGAUUCUGGACCAAGCCGAAUAAAAACAUUUAUAGCGGUUGGAUCCAUGAUAUUCGUCGAAGUCAUCUUGCCUAUAAUUCUAUACUUCAUCCUCGAAAAAUAUCUCCCAGUAAUCUGGGCGCUAGUUAUAUCAGGUGUCCCGCCGCUAAUUGUAGUGAUCGUGGGACUCAUUCGGCAUAGGCGUGUUGAUGUUUUAGGAGUGCUCAUCGUAUUCAGUUUUAUUGUCGGAGCUAUUGUGGCAGGUGUUCAAGGAGAUCCGCGACUAUAUUUGUUACGCGAAUCUUUUAUUACGGGAGUUAUUGGCUUUGUAUUUCUUAUUACCUUGAUUCCAAUUAAGGUUGGUUCUUUUCGAAUGCGACCAAUGGUGUUUUAUUUUUCCAAAGAUAUGGCAACAGGUGGAACCUUCGGCUCGGGCGGUGGUCAUCUUCAACCAAUAACAGAAGAUGAAUCUAUCGAAGCACGUUGGGAAAGGUAUUGGGACUCAUACCCAAAAUUUCGACAAGGAUUCAUCGUCAUGACAGCUGUCUGGGGAUUUGGGUUGCUCAUCGAAGUUGUGUUUCGUGUCAUCAUCAUAUUCCGAGCGCCAACGAUUGAUCAAGCCGUUUACAUUGCGAGUAUCGCGACGUAUAGUUGGAUUGCUCUUUUGGUGCUGUUCACAAUUGUUUAUUCCAGAUGGAUGGCUAGAAUGGGUCAAAAAAGACUUGCGAUGGCUAAUGCUGGCCAGCAAUUAUAG